AUGAGUGUUCCAGAGGAAAAUGAUAUCCUGGUGUAUUCUAAGAAUGAGGAGGAAUACAGAGAACAUUUGAAAACCGUGUUGCAGACUUUGAGAGAGCAGCAAUUAUACGCUAAGUUCAGUAAGUGUCACUUUUGGGAGAAAGAAGUUCGAUUUUUAGGGCAUGUUGUGUCUAAUCAGGGGAUAGAAGUAGAUCCUGAUAAAGUUGUUGAGGUCAAAGAAUGGAAGCAGCCUACGAACCUUACAGAGGGUAAGGAAGUGAACUUGUUCCAACCUGCUAAUGAAUUCUUACCUAUGGUCGAUAAGAUUUAUAGGUCCCUUGUUGAGACUACUAAGUCAAUUAAAGGAGCAAAAGUACAGAACAAUAAGUUUUGUGUCUCGAUACAUUACCGUAAUGUGGAUGAGAAGGAUUGGAAAACAAUUGCACAAUGUGCCCAAGAAACACUAAAGGACUCUCCUCGUCUACGAUUGACACAUGGACAGAAAGUUCACAGAUCGAUCCAAUUUAAAAUUUUAGAGGUUCGACCUGUGCUUGAUUGGUAUAAGGGUAAAGCUGUCAAGUUCUUACAUGAAUCCCUGGGCUUAAGUAAUUCUGAUGAUGUGCUCCCAAUUUAUGUUGGAGAUGAUUGUUUUGAUGAAGAUGCAUUUAAAGUUGUUGAAGAUGUAGAUUAUGAUCUUGCUCGAGUGCUACUUGGAAAUGAGAAGAGGCUUGUUCACAUGUAUUUGCAUAUUGUCAGUGGUGAUGCUAUAGUUGCAUUAAACACAUCGUUCCAAUUGGGAUUGACUUGA